AGCAAGAAAUCAGCGAUGAAUCAUUCAAAUCUAUUCAAAAUCGAUGAGUAACCGAACGGUGACUUCAAUCUUCAAAUCAAAUGCUCUAACGUUCGGCCAACAAUUCCGCCUCUGACCAAGUAAGCAACGGUUUCUUCUACGCUACUCUCUCAAAUCAACAAUGGGAAGAAUUCCUCCGGCCUAUAAAUUGGGCAAGGAAUCACAGCAGGUGGAGGGGGAGACGAACCACAACAGCUCCAAUUUUCUAAACUUUUCAUCUUCUUCUUUUAGGUAACCAAAUAAAAUGCUUCCGGAAUUAAUCCGGAAGUCUUCCUUGUUUUUUUUCCCUCUUGUAGAUUUCUUUGUUAAAGUGUUGCUUUAUGAGACCUGCAAAAUAUUUUCAUCAUUAGACGUUAAAGUUUAUUAAAGUGUAUCAAAUGUUCUUCAUGAAUACUUUGUGCAUGGGAGUUAGAAUGAAAGAAAGAUUCGCUCUUUUAUAAACUUUUUCAUCUUUUGGAAUCAUUAUUUGAGCGCUUGAGUUACACUCUGCCCAUCUUCUCCUUUGGUUUCAGUUUAGCUUCUUUCUCCAUCUCUCGAGUCCCGAUACACCCACACAUAUGUGAGCAAAGCAAUACUUUGUUACAUACAUACGCACAUCAUUCUAAGCUGCUCUUACUAAAAUGCGCCCAGAACCGCUUCUCUUUCUCCUAAUCGGAGUGUUCCUCCUCUCCGGCGUCCCUCCUCCGGUCAACGGCUGGCGCCCAUGGCCCAAUCAGAAUCGCACCGCCGACUACAUAUUCGGCGGGUCAAAGAAAUACGAGGGAUCCUCGGAUCUGAUUCACUUGAGGUACCACAUGGGCCCCGUCCUCACGGCCAACAUCACCGUCUACCCAAUCUGGUACGGCCAGUGGGCGGGCACCCAGAAGCGGAUUAUUCGGGAGUUCAUCGCUUCGAUCUCCGCCGCCGAUUCCAGAAGGCCUUCCGUCGCCGGGUGGUGGAAGACGGUCCAGCUCUACACGGACCAGACCGGGGCCAACAUCUCCCGGAACGUCCACAUCGGGGCGGAGAAAAACGACCGGUUUUACUCGCAGGGGAAGUCGUUGACCAGGUUGACUGUGCAGAGUGUGAUAAAAGCCGCCGUGACGGCGACGACCCGGCCGUUGCCGGUAAACCCGAAGAGUGGGGUCUACCUGUUGCUCACAUCGGAUGACGUGUACGUCCAGGAUUUCUGCGACAAUGUCUGUGGGUUCCACUAUUUCACCUUCCCCUCCAUCGUCGGGUACACACUACCCUAUGCAUGGGUGGGCAACUCGGCCAAGUUUUGCCCGGGAACGUGCGCGUACCCGUUCGCGGUGCCGGCCUACAUACCGGGCCUGAAGGCGGUGAAGUCCCCGAACGGGGACGUCGGGGUGGACGGGAUGAUAAGCGUGAUCGGGCACGAGAUCGCCGAGAUGUCGACGAACCCGCUGGUGAACGCGUGGUACGCGGGCCAGGACCCGAUAUUCCCGGUGGAAAUCGCGGACCUCUGCGAGGGGAUAUACGGCACCGGGGGCGGCGGGUCCUACACCGGGCAGAUGUUGAGCGGCGCGGACGGGGCCACUUAUAACAUGAAUGGGAUCAGGAGGAGGUUCCUGGUGCAGUGGCUAUGGAACCAUUACAAGAAUUACUGUUCUGGACCCAAUGCCCUUGAUCAGUAAUUAGUAGUAGAGUAAAAGUCGAAGUAAAAGAGUAGAUGAGCAAACACUUCUUUUCUACCUUAUAUAUUUACACUGCUCUGCUCAUUCUUUCUUUCUUCAAGGGCCAUUUUGGCAUUCCGGCUGUACUUUCCUCUCAUUUCCAACCAAUCUAUGUCACAGAAAUUAUGGAAAUGUAGUGAAAAUCAAACUUAAAUUGAUUAUUUGCAGCGGUAAAUUUUUGUUUGU